CUACAAAUAACCAAAAUGGCGUGUUGUUGAACAUAUUCAGCGUAAUCUAUAGAUCGCCAUGAAACCUGAAAUUGUAUUUGAACUAUAUUGUGUUUGACUGGUUUUUGCAAUUCUCUUUAUAAAACUGCAUAAAAUCAUUACAUCUGAACUAAAUUACUUUUAAUCGCGAAAAUGUCGGAAGGAAGUGUAACUAUUUCUCGCCGCAACCGCCCUGGCUCUAAAGCAAAGGAUUGGUGCCACUGGCCAGAUGAGCCUUUCGAAGAAAUGGACAGUACUCUUGCUGUCCAGCAGUUUAUACAGCAAACUAUCCGACGUGACCCAUCCAAUUUGGAAGCUAUCUUGAAAAUGCCCGAGGCGCAAGAUGAAGGUGUUUGGAAAUAUGAACACUUGAGACAAUUCUGUAUGGAACUCAAUGGUCUUGCAGUAAGACUGCAAAAUGAAUGCAAACCAGAGAUAUGUACACAGAUGACUGCUACAGAGCAAUGGAUAUUCCUGUGUGCAGCACAUAAAACUCCAAAGGAGUGCCCUGCUAUUGAUUACACAAGACACACAUUAGAUGGGGCUGCUUGUUUGCUCAAUAGUAACAAAUAUUUUCCAAGCAGAGUAAGUAUCAAGGAAUCUUCAGUAGCGAAAUUGGGAUCAGUAUGCAGACGGGUGUACAGAAUCUUUUCGCAUGCAUACUUCCAUCAUCGUUCAAUAUUUGAUGCCUUUGAAAAGGAAACCCAUUUAUGCAAAAGGUUCACAUACUUCGUCACUAAAUACUCAAUUAUAUCAAAAGAAAUCUUGAUAUUACCAAAACUUGAUGAUGAGACUCCUCUUUCUCAACCUGUUGGUGAAUCGGAAGCCUGAGAGUUAAUUAAACAGUAAUUAUGGACAUUUUACAAUACAUUAGACUGUGUCUAUUGUGGCAUUUAUCUCUUACAUGUAAUCAUUAGAUUAAUGAUAACAAAGUUUAGUAUUUAUUUUAAACAUUGUUUUUUUAUAAUAUUGUAAAGUUGUAAUUUGUGGUAUUAAAUUCUAUAUAGACUACUUUAUAGCAGACAUGUAUAAGUUAUUAAUCAUUUCAAAACCAAUGUGACCCUUCACUAGUUGUGUGAUAUCCAGAGAUUCAUACUUUGUAUUAUGAAGUAAAAAUGCACAUAUGAGAUCUCUAAAAUCUGUAGUCAAAUACUAUGUAAGGUAUAUACAA